AGAAGAACUUCCUCCAAACCACCAGAGGGCAGCACAUCACCACAGAGCCGCUGAUGCUUACCGAGGACCAACAGGCCGAAGAAAGGAACAGUUUGUCCCACCGGCGUUUUAUUUAGCAGCAGAAGGUCGUCGGUACUUCGACUGUUUUUGAUUAUAAUGGAAACCAUAAACGGCACUACAUCAUUAUACUUAGUUUGAGUGUGAUUGUAGAGACUCGGUGUAAUGGAGGCAGAACUGGCUACGUGUCCUUUAGUAUAGGGUGUCUGGACCUUGAAUCCCUCUGCCCGGUCUUGGACCAAACCCCGGGCCCAGCCUCUCAGACCCAGGACCCCCCCUUUUAGCUCUAACUGAGUGGCCGGUUUCAUGGCAGCCGCGGCCGGUGCUCGGCGGCUCCCCAUGGGGGUGCGGACCUUCAGUGACUUUCUUCAGAUCGCCACGGUGGGCUCGCCUCGCUCGUGUCGCACAGCGGUACCUAGAGGAUGCAUCCGACAGAACAUCAGACACUUGUCAUCAUGUGGCAUUUUGAUGACAAGGACUCCCCGAGUGGUUUGCCUUCACGACUGGGACACAAUGACCGCCCUUCCUCAAAGCAGAAACUUCAUCAGUCUCACCAACAAAAGGAAGGAGUACUCAGAGCGGAGGAUACUUGGCUUCUCUAUGCAGGAAAUGUACGACGUCGUGGCCAACGUUGACGACUACAAGAACUUUGUCCCCUGGUGUAAGAAGUCCCAGACCGUCAUGAAAAGAGCCGGCCACUCCAAAGCCCAACUGGAAGUGGGAUUCCCUCCAGUGGUAGAGAGAUACACGUCUAUGAUCACUUGUGUCCGGCCUCAUCUAGUCAAAGCAGUGUGUACAGACGGAAAGCUGUUCAAUCACCUUGAGACAAUAUGGCGCUUUAGUCCUGGCAUUCCCGGCUACCCUCGCACCUGCACCGUAGAUUUUUCAAUUUCCUUUGAGUUCCGCUCGUUGCUGCACUCCCAGUUAGCCACCAUGUUCUUCGACGAGGUCGUAAAGCAGAACGUCGCUGCGUUCGAGCGGCGAGCCUCUAAGCUCUACGGCCCAGAGACUCGCAUCCCACGAGAGCUGAUGUUCCACGAGGUGCAUCAGACGUGAUCUCAGCAGCCGCAGUUUUCUCAUCUGGCCUUAAAAAUCACACCAACCUUUUUACGUUUCGCAUCCAUACGACCCUGCACCACGCAAGCUCUUCUCCUCCGCUACAAAGACAUCCAAACUCUUGUAAGCAUCAUGUUGGAGUCUCUGCCUCGACAUGAUCUUACUCGUAUCCACCUCCUCGUGUUACGUCAGUUCACUUUCUGUCUACCUCCACUUAUAUGGGAUUCUGGUUCAGCAGACGGAAUCCACCAUUACUCUUGCUUUAACGCAGUUUCAAGAUGUAUUUAUGUUGAAACAGUAAAUAAUUCCAACAUCAUGUUACCAAUGGUAGAGAGUUGACUAUUAUUUAAACAGACAGCACAGUGACACUGAAAAAAACCCACACUUUUUAAGUAAAGGCACAGACAUCUGCUCCAAACUAGUUCACUGUGAUCAUAGUUCACUGUGAUCUCAAGGUUUCCUUCCACACUGAAACUGCAUGAAGUCAAAGUGUGUCCAGGUUUGAGUUCACGUCACACUUGAAUCAGCUCAUUAUACUGUAUUAGAAAGUAUAAUCUCUGCCUUUACUUUUGCUGUUUUUUGUUUCAACCGAAGAUUUAAUAUAUUCUUUAAGUUGUAGUCGUGAAAAGCAUAAAUCAUUUCAUCCAUUCUUAUUUAUCCAUCAGUGGUUACACGCACAUUUAAGCUGUUUUACGGGGGUUUGGAGUUUCAUGUGCCAUGUUCAGAGUGUUGGGAGAGCGUGAAGCGUAAAGGGAAACAAAGGCACCAGUAGGCUGAGUCCUUAAUUGACAUUUAGGUUUUAAAAAGUAUGCUUUAACUUGAACUUGCCUGUUGUGCUGUGAGAGUUGUGUUUUGGACAUUGAGACUUGGCGUGCAAAUUUCAGUAAUGCCUCAUUUUACAGCCCAGCAGUAAGACGCACUUAAAGCUGCAGUAACUUUGCACAAACUAGAGCCUCAAAAAGAACCCAUGGAAUGACUGAAUAGUAGUGUAAAAUACUAGAAAUUAAACCAAGAACACUGUUUUAUAAUAAAAGUGAUACCUGCAGAUGUUUUAAUCUCUGCUCUUUGCAUUUUAAAGUCCACCUGCAGGUGAUCGGGAGGUGAACUCCUCUGUAAUGUACGCUGUGAGUCUGAAUCCUGCUGUUGGGCUGUAGAAUAAAGCAUCACUGUUUUUCAUUG